GUUUCUUUUGAAGAAGGGGAGCCAGUCACGCGCGCUGGUGACUGCGGCGCAAUCGGGACGGAGGAUGGACACCAGGAGAAAAUAAACCAGCAGCAGCCUCUCUCCCGGGGAAGACGCAGGCUUUUUGUUUAAAAAAAAGACGAAUCCAUGCUGUUCUGAAGCUUGCGAUCUUCCUUAAUGUCUUUUAUAGCAGUGAUUGCGUCCGAGUAUUAACUGUGGUGACUCUUUACUUUCUCCAAUAAACACAAUGAUUCCGACGGUAACGUUCAUGUUGCUGCUGUGGACAGGCGUUUCCGAGCCCAGGGACGCGGCUGACAAGUGGGGUGCGGAUGCGCCGCCUGUGGGAGAAGAGCCUGUGGAACAGGGGCUCGCAGGUGCUGUGUCGCCUGUCGCGCUGGAUGGAUCGUCUCCGGCGGCUCACAUACCAGAGGAUUCGCCCAAGCGGGAAUCCAUCCCGGUACAGCCCGACUCGAGCCUCAGGAGAGCCGGGAAGAGAGUGCCGCGGGGCGCCAAGGACGGGAGCCCGAGAAAGCGGGAUCAGCAGUUCCCCUUCAGCUACAGGAACCCGCGCCCCUUCGACCCCAAUGACUUCUUCACCACCCCUAAAACCCAGCAGCUGUCCAGCACCUUCCGGCCGGCGGUGAGCGGGGCGGGCACGCCUUUAGACCUCUUCAAGGACGGCUCCCCGGAGGCCGAAGUCUCCGGGAACAUCACCUCCGCCGAGAAAGGGACGACCCGUAUCCACAACCCCCUGUACCCCGUGACGGACAGCUCGUACAGCGCCUACGCCGUCAUGUUCCUGUCGCUGAUUGUCUUCGCCGUGGGCAUCGUGGGAAACCUGGCGGUGAUGUGCGUCGUCUGGCACAACUACUACAUGAAGAGCGCCUGGAACUGCAUCUUAGCCAGCCUGGCGUUUUGGGAUUUCCUGGUGCUGUUCUUCUGCUUGCCCGUGGUCAUCUUUAACGAGAUCACCAAGACGAGGCUCCUCGGAGACCUGUCCUGCAAGACCGUGCCGUAUCUCGAGAUGACCUCCCUGGGAGUGACCACCUUCAGCCUGUGCGCCCUGGGGAUCGACCGGUUCCACGCCGCCACCAGCACCCAGCCCAAGACCCGGCCCGUGGAGCAGUGCCAGUCCAUCCUGGCCAAGCUGGCGGUCAUCUGGGUGGGCUCCAUGAUCCUGGCCGUGCCCGAGCUGCUGCUGUGGCAGCUGGGCCAGGACGCCUCCCCCGUGACGGGCGCGCUGGCCGACUCGUGCACCAUGAGGCCCUCCGCCAGCCUGCCGGAGUCCGUCUACUCCCUGGUGCUGACCUACCACGACGCCCGCAUGUGGUGGUACUUCGGCUGCUACUUCUGCCUGCCCAUGCUGUUCACCCUGACGUGCCAGCUCAUCACCAGGCGCAUCAGCGGCACGGCCCGCAAGCAGGAGAGCCGGGGGUCCCCCAGGAAGGGGGGGCCGUGCGACGGGCAGCUGAACUGCACGGUGGUGGCGCUGGCGGUGGUGUACGGCGCCUGUGUGCUGCCCGAGAACGUCUGCAGCAUCGUGCUGGCCUACCUCUCCUCCGAGGUGUCCCGGCACACCGCCGCCCUCCUGGCCCUGGUCAACCAGUUCUUCCUCUUCGUCAAGUCGGCGGUGACGCCGGUGCUGCUGCUGUGCCUGUGCAGGGCGCUGGGCCAGGCCUUCAUGGACUGCUGCUGCUGCUGCUGCGAGGACUGCGGCCCGCCGGAGCGUGGCGCCGCCCGGCCCAGCGCCAGCAAGCUCAAGACCACAGAGGUGUCCUCCUCCAUCUUCUUCGACAAGCCCAGGGACAGCGCCUCGGUGCUGGCGCUCGGCACGCCCUGCUGAGGCCCGCCGCGCCGCGCCGCUCGCUGUGCACCUGGGCAUGCUGGGACCUGCGCACGGGGCUUCCCUGUAGCUUCCUCACGGAUUUAACCUCCCUCUCUCCUGCUUGGCUUCACCGCUGUUUCUUGCAGCAUGAAUUUCUGGGCGCGCUGCUCAGGGCUGAGAGCUGCGGGCUCAGUCCCCACUCAACACACUGCUGUCAAUCCUGAGCAGAGCGGUGGUGCAGCCCGUUCGGAGUGGACUGCUUCUACAGGGCCUUACGGCAGUGCCACAGUAACCCAUGAACACUCGUUGGGUAGGGCACAGCUGCCUGGUACAAGGAUGGAAAUGGACAGAGGUUUGGGUUAGCAGUCUGGUCAGGAUUCAGGAUGCUGCGUGUGCCGUCUUCCUGAGUACACACGUGUGCUUCUGAGCCACGCACUGAGACCCCGCAAGGCCACUGUGUCAUUUCCAACCAUCUCACUCCAAGAGCUGUGACAGAAACGUUCGUUUGCCAUCUCCCCAGCCACCAAUCUGUCCCCCCUGCUGGCGGUGGAGAGUAACGGUUUUGCUCAGAGGCAGUUUCAUUGCCCUCUUCAGUCUGAACCUGUUUCUCCUCUUCCUUCUUCCACUGCCCACUUCUCAAAAAUAUGGCGCCACCAGGACCCACCAUGGUCUGUAGAAGAAGAGUUUGCUAUUUUAAUAACCCAGAAAGAGCUAAAACAGAAGAGGGCCAGACAGAGGCAGAACUGAAACUUAAAUGAUUUUAAACUCCUGUUUCAAGGGCUUCUGUCUUUUUGAUGCUGUUGUACUCAAUACUUGACACAUAGCCAUUAAGCAUUUGUGCCACUUCCCUCAAUUCUGUAGCGCAGCCCAGACAAGAAGCACAACUGGACUGAACCAUCUGAACUUCCCAGCCUCAGCCUGUCCACUCGGGGGUCCGGUCACCCCCCCUUCCCAGGCCAAACAAACUGUAAGUGCUCAGCAACACACCCACCCCAGCAGGAGGAAUCCUGGAAUUCUACCUUUUGUUUCAGCUGCAGGCUCUUUAUCCUUCAUCUGUCUGACUGGUGAUAAACUGUGCCUCUGCCCAGCUGCUCCAGCGUGAAGCCUGCAGUCAAAACCAGCUCCCAGGCGCACCUCUUUGGAUACAUUGACAGCAGCAGGCCCAGGUCAGCAAGCAACGCCACAGCCCAGAUAGCACCCGCGGGCACUGAGUUUGUUCCGAUCGUGCUUCCUGCUCUCCUCGCCCCACCCCGGAGACAGCCACACCGCCUGAGGUUCCACGCUUGCCCACCAAGUUUUAAAGUCUGAGAAAUAUCUUGAACUGCUUUGCAUUUUAAAUCUGCUGAAAUUUGUGCCCCAUGGCAUUUUGUACAAAGUCUCAAAAUACGGGGUAUGUUCCUUCCUCACCCCCGUACGAGAUGGCCACACAGUUCGCAGAGGGCGGUGUGUGAUUGAUGUCUCAGCUGCAACUCUGGGCUGGAGAUGCCAGGCCAGACCAGACCCAACAGGAGAUUGUGAUAAUACUGUAUUUACCUUGAAAAGCUUUGAAUUUGUUAACAUUUCUGUCUUCCUUUUAUUUCAACUAAGCACUAUGUAGAUUAGAACUCGAUAUAAAAGUAGCAAAAGAUAUAUAUUUUUCUUUUCCAUUUUCUAUGGGAGCUGGGUAUGCGUUGUAAGGGGAGUGGGGUUUAAUUUUGUGAAUCGGUAAGUUUUUGUUGUAAAUAUAUUUUGCAGUUUAACAACAUGCUAGGUAUUACGGCUGCUCCUCUCUCUUUUUGACAUUUCUCUGAAAAUUGGAAUACGGGGAUGAAAAGCCUUUCUGUCAGAUGAUACAACAGCUAUAACUGUGACAAUUAAAAGUUCUUUAAAUCCUCUCCUCA